UUACUGUUAUAUUUGUAUUAUGCGGGUGGUUGCAUCCACUCGCUGUUAUAAAUAUCGUGUCACUUAGCAAAUAAAAGUAGUACGAUUCCAGCAAUCUGACGUUUCACUUGAGUCCUAGCGCGUAUAUCUAACAGUGGCGACGAGUACCCACGUAUAAAAAAAAAAAAAAAAAAAAAUGUCUCACUUCGGCAUUUUGUCCAGUUUUGACCAUACAAUUCAUACAUGGCAAAACUACAAGCAACGCAUUUCUCAAUGGUUUAUCGCAAACGACAUCAACGAGGAAAAGGACCCAGCAGGAGUGAAAAGGCGGGCGAUAUUACUGAGUGCACUCAGCGACGGCACUUAUCAACUGACGGCGGAUUUGGCGUUACCGAAACAGUUAACGCAGGUACCAUAUGAAGAUAUACUGGUACUUCUCGACAACCACUUCACGCCAAAAAAGUGUGGAUUUAGUGAGCGGUAUAAAUUUUAUGCUGCAGUCCAGGGGCCCGAGGAAUCGUAUUCACAGUGGGCUGCAAGGCUACGUGGGCUCACAUUACAUUGCGGGUUCCUGAACGUAGAAGAAGCGCUCCGUGACCGGUUUGUAAUGGGCAUGCAACCGGGGCCAGAGAAAGAUAAGCUGUUUGCGCGUGACCUUGAAGAGUUAACGCUUUCAAAAGCAGUGGAGUUGGCGGAGAGUGUGCGCAGUGCACGCAAAGGAGCGGAAGCAUCGUCCUCUCAGGAGUUGGCGCAGGUACCAGCAUCGGGUGCACCGUUAUUCAAGAUCGGCCGCGACAAACAGGCGCGUAGUGAAAACAAACGUGAUGAUAAUAAGGAAAUGUGUACAGUGUGUGGCUAUAAAAAUCAUAAAACAGCUCAGUGUCGGUUCGCUAAUUAUAAGUGCAAAAAGUGCAAUGUAACGGGUCAUUUACGUCGAAUGUGCAAAACAAUUAACUUUCUAGGUACCGGCGAGUCGAGUGAGAGUGGUGACGACGGUAAGAAAAAAAAAAAUAUGUUCGUUGAAAGGGGAGCCAAUGACGUUAACUAUUUCAGUCGGGGUAGUUCAUUUAAAAUUUGAAAUCGAUACGGGGUCGGCGGU